AUGCAAUGUGGAAAAGCUGAUCAGGGCUUCAAUCCCUUCAACCAGAUAGUUUCAGUUGUGGUGCGGAGCCAGCACAACUCUGGCUUGGGUGUACUUCCUCCGGAGGGGCAUGCAGCUCCAAUCAAGGAGGAGCCAAAUUAUGACAGCCUGGAUGAGGGUAACAUUCAACAUGAAAUUCAAUAUACUGAGCUUGUGAAUGAAGAAUGUGUCACUGUGAUAACCUUGCAGGUGAUGGAGGAAGCAGCACAACAUCUGCUGGGUCGUCAUAAUUAUACCAGUCUGUACAAGAAAGAUGCCACUAAGGCAUUGAAGUGUCUAUAUCGGAAUGUGUAUUCUGUUGCAAUUUCUCCCUCAUGCUGUGAUCUUCGAGCCAAAGAUAACAGCAGACCUUUGUGUGAUCCGGUUGAAUAUAUAAGAAUACAUACACAGACUGGAAGUGAGAAUGAUAUUGACAAUGAGUCAGAAUUUGAAACCAAAGAAAGUUGCAGACAGAAAUGCGGUAAACUGGUUGAGAGAAGAAAACGUGCUGCUGGUGAUAUAAGAUCUUGUGCAGUAGCAGCAGCAACAAAGAGACAUAACUGUAAGAAAGCUGUGAGCAGUGAUGGUUAUGACAUGUGUCUUAUAAACAUCAAGGGUCAGGACUUCCAUGGAGAGUUGCGGAAAAUCAUCGCAAUGUUGUUUCAUGUUGGAGAAGGAAAGGCAAGUGCAGACAGUAUGCUGCACUUACUGGAUGUGAAAAACAAUAGGAUAUCACAACACUCCAUGGCCAGUGAAGUGCCAUUAAACCUUUAUCAGACAAUCUUUGAAGACCAAAAAUGGCACUGGGACACCAAAGCCUUAAGAUUGGUCAUAUCUCAACUUCAAGCAUUUUGGUGCCAGCAGUCUGUUCGAGCCACAGCAAUGAGACAUAUACUUUGGGACUUUGAAAACUGUUACUUGGAAAGUACUUUAGACAUGAUGCAGGAAGACACCACCUUUAAUGACCUUCCACAAGACCAGUGUGAGAACUUACUUGGUCAAAAGAAAGUUCACAUAUUCCUGUCACGUAGCCAUGUUGCUAAUAAUGAUUUCAACCACACAGCUACACUUCUCCUGAUUGAAUUAAUCAGGGAAAGAUUUCAAAAGUUUCUUAUUAUUCACACGAGACCAGCAGUUUACAAGGAAGUACAGGAGGAGAUGUGUUUCCGUGGAUUUUCCUUCUCUUUGGAAAAGAUCCGAAAAAAGUGGAAUGAUCUCAUAACAUCAUAUCAGAAAAUAAAGGAACGGAAGCAGAAAAAUGAUGACCUGUGUGAACAGGUAUCUUGGGAUUAUUACCAGGUAUUGUAUAAAAUUUGUGGGUAUUUAUAG